AUGAGGAAAGUAACUUCAGGUGAUACCAGAAGUACCGAUAGCGGCAGUAGCUCCGGUGAGGGAGAAGGAAUCAAACAGUUCGCGUUCGCGGUCAACGGAUGGAAAAAUACUAUGGGCGGCGCAUACUAUGAUCCCUCCGAUGGGGUCUUUUAUGUGAUGGAAGACGCUGUCGAUACACGUGGAGGAUUUGAAGUUCUCAUCAUGCUGCUUCAGCAAAUCAUGCCAGAAGUGGUUCUACUGAGUUCAAAGGCUGAGGAAAGCUUGACAUCUUGUAUUGAAAAGGCUGAAUGCCCGGGAGGGAUCGAUAGGACGCCAACCAUUGUGAAAAGACCAUCUCGAGAAUACAAUGCUUCUGAUGGCUUCAAGAAGCUGCAGCAGUUAAGCGUUCGCAGUCAGGAUAGUAUGGCACCCUCGAGGAGACACGAUUCUUCCAGUACAUCAACGAUGCGAACGGUGUCUCAAGAACCUGUGCGAGAUCGUAAGAAUUCGAACCUGACAGCAAAUGCAUUUUUAAACGUUGAAGCCUCUCACUAUUCGUUGGGGGGCGUAGCAGCUCUGCUAUCUUACUUGCAAAGUGGAAUCGCUAGGGAUAAAGACAGUAAUUCGCUUGAACGUGGUCUGUUCGUGAGCAAAGUGGAGACGAUUAAAACUCAAAAAUUCAUGCAUCUUGGCAAUGAUGUCAUUCAAUCCUUACAGAUAUUCGACCAGGAAGCACAUGCGAACCUCCAUUUCUCUAAAACAAAAGAAGGAUUAUCACUUUAUGGAAUUUUGAAUGAGUGCAUUACCCACAACGGAAAACAGCUUCUUCGAAAUUGGCUACUCAGACCAAGUACCGAGCCAGCGGUGAUUAAAUCUCGUGCGGAUGCAAUUGAAUCCUUUCUGGAGCCAGAAAAUGCCGACUAUGUUGGGAAAAUGAGGCAAGAUCUCAAGCCCUUGGGUAACAUAAAUCGGACCACAAUGAUAAUAUCAAGCGGGAAAUCUCGAGUUGGUGAAUGGAGCUGUUUAAUCAAUUCCAUUCAUGCAUGUCAAGCACUUUACGAGGAUUUCUCGAAGAUGAAUUUAUCUAUCGAAACUCCUCUCUUUAGAAAAAUAAAAAGCCGUGUUCGGCUUGAGGAAGAUUUAGAACCACUGGCUUCCAAAAUUGACGACAUGAUCGACUGGUCCGAAAGUAAACUUAAAGGGGGCCGGGUCACGAUCCGUUCAGAUAUUGAUGAAGAGCUUGACGAUUAUCGAGAGCAAUAUGCCUCGAUGGAAACCCAGCUUUGCUCCCUAGCCGAAAAAGUCAGCGCAGAAGCUCCCUUCAAGUCCUUACCAGGAUUCUCCAUCAACUAUUUCCCCCAGAUAGGUUACCUGUGCGCAAUACCUUACCCCACUCCAAGCGGCAGUCUUGAUCCCUCGACGUUAGAAGAUUGGCAAUUUCAAUUCUCCACGGAUACUGAAGAACAUUAUAAGAAUGGACUCAUGCGGGAGUUGGACCAUCAUUACGGAGAUUUGGCGACCGCCAUUGAUGAUAGAGAAAUUGAGCUUAUGCACCUCCUGGAAGAAGAAGUUUCAAAAUUCACUAGCAUCUUACUGACUGUUAAUGAUGAUUUAGCCGAGUUAGACUGCCUCCUAUCCCUCGCGAAAGUUACCUUCGACAGAGCAUGGGUGCGUCCAAAAAUCCUCGAGCAGAAUACCAUCCAAAUCGUUGCUGGACGUCAUCCGCUGGUGGAAGGUUGCGUGGAGAGUUAUAUUCCAAAUGAUACUCAUCUGGUUGCAAACUCAACCUCAACGUCCCAACGAAAGAAACGGAAGGGCGCCGAGUCAUACAUGGGUAAUCCAAUGAUCGUCCUAACUGGGGCCAACUUUUCGGGAAAAAGUGUUUACCUCAAGCAAGUAGCGAUCAUUGUCAUCAUGGCGCAACUUGGCUCAUUUGUGCCUGCGGAAGAAUCUCAGAUUGGGGUUCAUGAUGCGAUAUUUACGAGGGUAUCAACCACCGAGAGCGCAUCUCGAAGCUCUUCGGCAUUCAUGAUAGAUCUCCAAAGAAUUUCUUUCAUGUUGCGGAACUGUACUGCUAGGUCAAUUCUGCUAAUUGACGAAUUCGGAAAGGGAACGGAUCCCACAGAUGGACAGGCUCUUUUUUGCGGUGUGAUAGAGCACUUGAUAUCGAGAGGAUCAAGCUGUCCAAUAGCGCUGGUCUCUACACACUUUCAUGGUGUUUUUACAAAUGGAGUCAGAAGGUGA